GUUGUUGAUUGUUAUUUUCGCAGGAUUGGUUCAUUAUUCAUGUUGAUUGUUGGGGACCUUUCUUUCGAAAUAUUUCAAUAUAAUUCGUGCGUAAAACGCGCUGUCCACCUGCAAAACAAGAAAACAGCUCAAUCUGCACCGAAGAACGAACGCAUUUCCAAGAGCUUCACUGCAACAAGAAAUAUUUUCCAAAGCACGACGACGUAAAUAGAGGGUAGUUUCACAGAAUCAGUGGUAGUAUUCAAAGGGAAGUGAAGAUGAACCACGCCGAGGCACUCGUGUCAACAGAUUGGUUGAACAAGAAACGAAACGAGCCUGAUUUUCAGCAGAAAUAUAGAAUCAUAGAUGCUUCGUGGGAUCUUCCAAGCUCAAAAAGAAACUUCGUCGAGGAGCAUAGGAGCAAGCGCAUACCUGGCGCUAGAUAUUUCAGCCUUGCAGAAUGCAGAGACAAGACACCAAAGCUACCAAUGAUGAUUCCAAAGCCAGAGGAUUUUGCAAAGUAUGUCCAUGACAUUGCAGGUAUUGAAAAUAAUCAUCAUAUCAUAAUUUAUGACAACAGUGAGAGAUUUGGAUUGUUUUCAGCACCAAGAUGCUGGUACCUGUUUCGAGUCAUGGGUCAUAAAUUUGUUCACAUUCUUGAUGGAGGUUUGCCAAAGUGGGUUAAAGAUGGGUUCGAAGUUGCAUCUGGUGACUACUCCAAGAAUGAAGAGCUCCCAGCUGCAUCAGCCACAUAUGAGGCAAAACUGAGGCCAGAACUUGUUCAACACUUUGAUUUCAUCAAAGCAAACAGCCAAAAAGAUGAUUCAGUGCAAGUUGUUGAUGGGCGGCCUGAAGGCAGAUUCAAAGGAGUGGCCCCAGAACCCAAUCCUGCAAUUCCAAGUGGACAUUUUGCAAAGGCUAUCAACGUCCCCUUUUUCCAGCUUUUUAAUCGAGAGGUUAAUGUAAUGAAAAAUCCAUCAGAAAUAGCUGAUGCUUUCAAAGGUAAAGGUAUCGAUAUUGACAAGCAGGUCAUUUGUUCAUGUGGUUCGGGUAUAGCAGCAUCAACUCUGGCAUUUGGGCUGUAUUAUUCAAAGGGCAUUGAAAGCCAGCUUUAUGAUGGCUCAUGGGCUGAGUGGGCGACAACAGUUCCAGACCUCAUAAUCACAGAGAAGUAACAAUUCAGCUAGAACAAUAAGAGCUGUUUUUUAAUUAUAACCUUUGUGUUGAAUUUUGUAUCUUGGUAAAGACUUUCUGAAUUUAGUUAGGAUAUUUAUUCCUGUUUACAAUAAAUUUCACUUUUUAAUAAGGUGUACAAUUAAAUUUUGAACGAAAGCUCAGACGAAAGCUUAA